CUUGAUCCACAGGGCCGGGGUAAAGGGAAGCGCCCAGUCACUCCACCACCAGCUUGGACCCCGGCCGACGAGUAUAAAGGUGCACGCCCAGAUGACCCAUACGCUGUUGCUUCACUUAUGCCAGCCGGCCCUGGGCUCACUCAAGACUCUACUCAUCCGUCACCCAGCGCCUUGCGUCAACAGCGUCUCAAUGCCUUCCAGCCUCAUCAGGCUACUCCUACCAUAUCAAGUCAGCCUGAUCAAGGCGAGAUAUCCGACGCUGAUUCUGAGACUCUUGAGAUGCCGCCUUACGCGACGGUCGACAAUCUUGCCCUAGAGCAUCUCAUUGGCGAGCAACGUGAGCAAGCAGAGAGGGCCGAACGCAACAAGGUUGAGAGACUUAGAUUGGAGGGAGCGUUGGCACGACAGGAUGCCGGCGAUUUCAGUGAUCCAGUGCCUAAACAAGAUUGACGCUCGGCGUGGUAUUGGGUCGUCGCUAUAUGUAGUGCUGCGGCAAGGCAUUUCGGGCGUAGCUAUGUACCGGCAGCGUUGAUGAAUGCGUAUUAAACAGUAGCAGCUCGACCUGUUAGCCCAUGAAGUAGUGCAAUCUUCACGUACUGA